AUGUCUGAAGUCAAGCCCACCGAGUCGACGUCUACUUCGACAACUCAAACAUGGUUCGAUCGCUUAUGUUUUUUUCAGAGACGUGAAGACCCAAAAUCUCACACUUCAUGGCAAAAAUAUAGCAUCGUUGCAAUCAUAACCUUAUCAGCCUUCACCGCGCCUUUUGCGUCCUGCAUUCUCUUCCCAUCAUUUACCACUCUCGUCGUGGACUUUGACACCACCGAGACCAAAGUCGCCCUGACAACUACCGUUUUCCUGCUAGGCUUGGCAGUUGCACCUUUGUGGUGGAGUACAUUGAGUCAGGAAUAUGGUCGCCGACCGGUGCUGGUUUUCAGCUUCCUCAUAUCUACCGUUGCCGUGAUCGUCUGCGCGGUAGCUAAUUCACUGCCCUUAAUCAUAGUGUUCCGUAUGAUUGAAGCAGUUGGCUGUUCAUCGGCACAGAGUGUUGGAGCAGGCGUUAUCAGCGACAUAUUCGUUCCAACUGAGCGUGGCUCAGCUCUGGGGUGGUUUUAUCUUGGAACACUCAUUGGUCCGUUGGUUGCCCCCAUUAUUGGAGGUGCAAUUCAAAUAUGGCUUGGUUGGCGAGCCAACCUCUACUUCAUGGCAAUUUUUACAUUCAGUGCCUCGAUGCUUACCAUGAUGUGCCUCCCGGAGACAUCGGUGAAGUCCGCUGAGAGCCAAGAAAAGAUCCGAUGGUACCAGACAAUCCAGCGUGAUGCUCUGGCUCCUCUGCCCAAGCUGAAUUUCCUAUUGGUGCCUUCGAUUGCUUUGACAAUUGCCUACGUCAGCAUUUGCUUCGCCAGCCUGUACUGCUUCAACACGACACUACCCUAUGCAUACUCGGCGCCCCCUUAUAAUUUCUCUGCGAUCGAAGUCGGUCUCUGUUAUCUCAGCAAUUGCCUCGGAUAUGCCAUCGGCAGCAUUUUCGGAGGCAAGCUGAGUGAUGCUAAGCUGCGCCAGUACCAGCUCACACAUGAUGGAGUGAUCCAUCCGGCCGAAAGAAUUAAGACCGUAUGGUACGGUGUUGGAUUUGUUCCGGCGGGUCUAGUCAUCUACGGCUGGUUGGUUGAGAAACAAGUGUUCUGGCUCGCCCCUCUCGUUGGCGCGUUCUUGUUUGGACUAGGGCUCAUGCUUGUUACCUCGACAGUCAUGCCUUUUCUUGUGGAUAUCAGACCAGGAGUGGGCGCUUCGGUGGUGGCUGAUCUGAAUCUAGUCCGCAAUAUACUCGCGGCCAUUGGCACCGUUCUAUCUCCAAUUGCAGCAGACAGUAUCGGAUUCGGGUGGUGGAUGACAAUUUUGGCAAUCAUCUGCUCAUUGUCGGUUGGUUUAAUAGUAGUCGUUACGUGGAGAGAAGUUGCUGAGAGGAAGGUGCCAGCUUCGGAAAAUGUGGUUUGA